UUUCGGACAAUUCACAGAUCGAACCUUCGGAGCCCUUUGACUCACUGGAUUACUACCAGCAGGUCAUCGAACGGCAGCAAGAUGAAGCACAAGCCGAGCACGAGCAAUAUCUGCUUAAUCAGCAGGCCGAGGCGUGCGAUUACCCAGUCAAUGUGAACGCCCUCAGCAGAGACGGCUAUCAAUCAAACUUGGACUUUGAAAUUGAGCAGGAAUGGAACCAGCAGGACAUGGACAAGCUUGAGGAGAAACGGCAAAUGGAGGCACAGGCCGAACAGUACCAGAAGCAGAUCGACGCCGAGCAGCACGGCCCAGCUCACUUUGACCUGGCCAAGGGCGAUGCCAAGACUGAGGUGCGCAGGGGCUCUUCUACGAGAAGCAGAUCGGACGAGGAUCGAGCGGAGCGCGUCCGCCGUGGCAAGCCAGAGGACCUGGACAACUCCGAGGUGGUGCGUAAGGAGGCGGGGUUCCACAUGCCCCCCGUGGCCCCUGCAGGGGGGGGGGGGCUAGCGUCCAGCGGGCCCAGUGAUGUGCAGCAGCAGAGGGCAGUGCACUUUGCCCCUGUGUUCGAGCUGCGCACGUACGUCGACGCGCAUGGG